CCGCAUCUCCGAGAAUCGCCGUUGUGCCCCGUCUGCAUCUCGUUCAAACGACGAUUGCUUCAGUCACGCUUGAGCCAGGAAGACGAGAGGUUGUGUGUCGCUCUAUGAAUGCCCAUGGAUCCAUCUCGAUUUUACCGGAAACGCGGAGGUUCUGAAAACGCUGAACCUGAUGCAGAUGAAAAUUGAGCAGAUAGCCCUGAUUCGGGAGAUUCUGCCGAUUCUUCCUCCGAUACAAGCAAUGAUUUUUCACCAACUUAUGCUCUAAGUGAAUCAGAAAGUUGUUCUGAUAACGAUUCAAGUGAUAAUGACGUUUCAGAUGAUGAUGCCGGCUCAGCAUGUGACGACAACGCAGGCAAUGAAUGGAAUUCAACCGUAGCUUCAGCAAGAUCAUUCUCCUUCACAGGAAAUGAACAACUACUAGUACAACCUGUACCUUCUGAAGCAGAUGGAACCGUUUCAGCUAUUGAUGCCUUCAAAUUGUUUGUAACAGACAAUGUUAUAUCGCAUAUUGUUCAGGAAACAAAUAGAUAUGCAGAGCAAGUUCUUGAAACUCAAAGAGUGACUAGGAAGUCACUUCUAUCAGAGUGGAAACCGACAAAUAAUGAAGAAAUAAGAAGGUUUCUUGGCAUCAUGAUCUCUAUGGGCCUUGUCAACAUGCCAAGUAUGGAAUGCUAUUGGUCAAAGAAAACACUUUAUGCCUAUGAUUUUGUCAAAAGAAAUAUUACUAGAAGUCGAUUUUUUCUCCUUUUGCGAAUGCUGCAUUUCAACGAUAAUGAAACUUUUGAACAAAACAGAAGACUGCACAAAAUAGAACCAAUCCUUGAUAUGUUGAAGAAUAACUUCAAAUCAGUGUAUUCUCCUGGGGAGAAACUGGUCGUGGAUGAGUCGCUGGUUCCAUUUAGAGGAAGAAUUUUCUUCAGACAGUACAUUCCUGGCAAGUCACAUAAAUACGGCAUCAAACUAUACAAGCUUUGCACUGUGAAUGGAUAUACAUGGAAUUUUGAAGUUUACACUGGCAAUUUGUCGAAUGUGCCUGAGCAUAACCAUUCAGAGUCAAUUGUUCUCAAACUGGCGAAGCCUCUUCUGAAAAAUGGAGCAACCAUCUAUGCUGAUAACUACUAUUCCUCGGUACCAUUAGCCGAGAAAUUGCUCCAAGAAAAAACUUACUACUGUGGGACUGUACGCAAGAACAGGAAACUACUACCACAAGAUGUUAUGUCAGCAAAACUGAAAAGAGGCGAGGUAACAGGAAAGAUGAACUCAAAAGGAGUAAAAAUAUGCCAUUGGAAAGACAAGAGAGAUGUCUUCACACUAUCUACCUGCCCAGAGCAUGAUGUGCAACUUGUUCCAACUGGUAAAAAAAAUCGAAUGGGUGAGGAGGUGAUGAAACAUGGAUGCAUUACAGAUUAUAAUGCUGCAAAAAUUGGGGUUGACAAAUCUGACCAAAUGACUUUUUAUAAUUCAGUUCUCAGAAAAAGCACCAAAUGGUACAGAAAACUUGCCAUUGAAUUGCUGUUAGGAACUUCAAUUGUGAAUGCUUGGGUUAUUUAUAACCAAUUUUGUCUCCCGCAGCGACGAAGAAAAAUGUCAAUUCUGAAAUUCAAAGAGAGUCUUGCAAUGUCACUCAUUUGCGGAAUCGCUAAAGAGAAUCUGAACCCAGGUCCAGGUAGAUCAAACAUCUCAGGAAAGCGCAAAUCUCAUGAACUGGUUGAGGCUGAUGGGCCUAAAAGUAAGAAGAGGAAGAGAUGUCUGUCUUGCUACAGCCAAAUUGCCAAUGCGGAAGGAACUAAAGUAGCCCGUUCAAAAACUCGCAAGGUAAACACUUAUUGCGACACUUGCGAAAAUAAACCAUAUCUGUGCGUAUCAUGCUUCAAUCUGAAGCAUUCCAUUUCGUCAUAAAGCGCCUAAGGACUCAAGUUCAACAAAGAAUUAUUAUUAUUGUU